GCAGCACGCAGGCGCGCCGGGCGGCCGCGAAGCGGUUUCUGCGCCUGGAAGCCCCGGAGGGAGGCGGCAGCGACGCUGGCCCGGCGGCUGCGUUUCCACGUGCUCCUCGCGGCCGGUUGAAACCGUUGGCGGGCCCUGGCUGAGAGGACAAGAUUUUAAGCCUAUCUUGGAUAGAGAAUACCUAACCAUUUAGUGAAAAAUGGUCUUUUUUACAUGCGGUGCAUGUGGCGAAUCUGUGAAGAAAGUGCAAGUGGUAAAGCACGUUAACGUUUGCAGAAACUGUGAGUGCCUGUCUUGUAUUGACUGCGGUAAGGAGUUCUGGGGUGACGACUACAAAGCCCACGUGAAGUGCAUCAGCGAGGAACAGAAGUAUGGCGGCAAAGGUUACGAAGGUAAAACCCACAAAGGCGACGCCAAGCAGCAGGCGUGGACCCAGAAAAUUAAUGAAUUAAUAAAAAGACCUAAUGUGAACCCCAAAGUGAGGGAACUUCUAAAGCAAAUUAGUGGUUUUGACAACGUUCCCAGGAAGAAGGCGAAGUUUCAGAAUUGGAUGGAGAACAGUUUAAAAGUUCACAAUGAGUCCCUUCUGGAGCAAGUGUGGAAUAUCUUUUCUGAAGCUUCCAGCAACGAGCCAGCCAGCAAGGGGCCACACCCGACAGGCGCAGAACUUUCCACAAAAGCUCCAGCCUCCCAGACAAACGACACCACAGAAAAGCAAGCAGAGGUGAAGAAGAAUAAAAGAGAAAGGAAGGAAGAAAGGCAGAAGAAUAGAAAAAAAGAGAAGAAAGAACUAAAAAUAGAGGGCCACCAGGAGAAUUCAAAGAGUCAGAAGCCCAAGAAGCGCAAAGCAGGGCAGGCGGCCGCGCCGGAGGCUGCAGGGGAGGCCCCGGGCUCUGCAGGGAAGAAGGGCCGGGGCGAGGCGGUCAAGGCCACUGGGGCCGUGGAUGGAGCUGGACCGGCCGAGGAGGAGCCGCUGCGCCCGCAGCCCGGGAAGAGAAAGCAGAAGCACGCAGAAGAUGAAGCAGACACUAAGAAGAAAAAGAGAAAGGUCUCAGAACAUCCUGAGGCUGGAGAACCGGAAAACCACGAGGCUCCUGCAAAAGGUAAAUUCAACUGGAAGGGAACUAUUAAAGCACUUCUGAAACAGGCCCCGGACAACGAAAUAGCGAUCAAAAAGCUAAGGAAAAAGGUUCUAGCUCAGUAUUACGCGGUGACGGAGGAGCAGCACAGAUCGGAGGAGGAGCUCCUGGCCAUCUUUAACAAGAAGAUCAGCAAGAACCCCACCUUCAAGUUGGUAAAGGACAAAGUCAAGCUUUCGAAAUGAACAUUUUUCUACUUAAAAGUUGAACCCAGUCUGUUGAUUUCUUCCACUGCUGUUUGUAAGCCGUAAUGAAUUACAACAACUCCAGUUCUGCUUUUCAAAGCUGUAUUUUUAAGUUACGGAAAGAGUCUAUUUUUGGUAGAACUUUUAUGAGAAAAUAUAUUCUUAUCCAAACUUCUAAA